UAGAAUAUAUCAACUAUACUUGUAUGCUUGCAAUUCUGGUUUGUGUUGCUGUGUAAUUUAAAGCGGUGUCCUGUGAACGCGUUGUGACGUGCAUCUUAACCGCCGCGGGUUGGCGACAAGCUUCCUGAAAUUCCGGUGACAUUGUUGGCUAGCUGCUAGCAUUGUGCUGUGGUUCGCCAGUUCAUGCUACUGUAGCAGUUUGUCGGCACGAUGCUAACAGUUGUUAACAUUAGCCUCCAGCUUUACUCAGCGAUCCAGGUGACAAUAGACCACAGAGGAUUUAGGAUAUUGCAGUUAGCCGGUCUAUGUUCCGCACCCGGUGUUCUGUGGUUUCUCAAAACGUCAUUCAAGCAACUGUCCGGUAAAGUUACCUAAAGCUGACCUUUUGGUAGCUUAUUCAAUUAGCUUUGUGGUUGUUUAUAACGGUGGAUGACAUUUUGAACCGUUUUGCCACCUGAGCUACCACGUAUAGACAGUUCAUUCAGCACCAUCACCUGGACUGUUGUUGUUGGAUUGGAUUAAGUUAAUUAAUUACACUUUAUCUGACCGGGCUUCUUUGAUACUUCGGGCCAAACAGAGGCUGGAAACUCGACUUGCCCCCCUCCCUGGUGAGUGGCAGUUUUUCUUUGAGCGCUGAGGGUCUCAGUGAAGGCUGAAAGAUGGUCUGAUGGACCGCCGCUUCUUCCUGACCUUCCUCUUCUGCUCAGUGUUGUGGAUCUUCUUCUGGGAAGUGCGCUGGAAGAAGGGAAAAGAGAGUCAGAUUGAGGAAUGGCUCCAAGGACAUAGCCUCUCUCAAUACAGGCACCUAUUCGAAGAUGUACAGACACUGGAGGAACUGAGUCUGAGUGUACUGAGCCGUCUGGAAGAGGUGGUGAAGGAACAGCAGCGCUGGAGGGAGAUUGCGAAGGCCCACAUCCAGCUGCUCCGAGACUUUGCCUUCCAGGAGUGGCUCUGCUCCAAGAACCUGGGGCACUAUUACCAUACACUGAAGAAGUUGCGUUGUAUGAAUCUGGAUGAUCUGGCUCACUUCGACAGUCAGCUGCAGCUGUCUCUAGCUGGCUGGGGAUACUACUACGAGGACUACAUCAAGUUGUCCACGGGCAUCAAGAUCCUCCAGAACUCCAGGGGGAGUCGCGACCAGGACUACGAGAUCCGGCUGGUGCACAGCCUCGCUGUGAGGCGUCUGAAUGAGAAGUGGACAGUUGCGGGAGCUCUCCUAUUUGGCUGUACUGUGGCGCUGUGCUUCUUGAUAAGGGACCUCAUGUUUUACGUGAUUGGUGGAAUUACUGUUUCCAUCAUAGCGUUUGUCUUCACCAUCAAGUUCCUCUGUGAGCUUGCAGCGCGAGUUGUCAGCUUCCUGCAGAAUGAAGAUCCAGGGCGACGAGGCGACCGCAGCAUCUACGACUAUGUCCGGGGAAACUACCUUGACCCACGUUCCUGCAAGGUGUCUUGGGAUUGGAAGGAACCACAGGAAGUGGGGCAGACCAUGAGCUUCAGUGUCCAGCUGUUCUAUAAGAACGGCCAGCCUUUUCCGGCCCACCGGCCUGUGGGGCUGAGGGUCAACAUCACACACAUCGAAUUGGCUCUGGACAUCCCUGUUACACAGGAGGUUCUGCAAGAACCAGAGUCCAAUGUAGUGAAAGUGGCCUUCACUGUGCGCAAGGCCGGACGCUACGAGGUUGCUGUCAAGCUCGGCGGCCUCAAUGUGGCCUACAGCCCUUAUUACAAGAUAUUUCAGCCAGGUACAGUUGUCCCAUCCAAAACCAAGAUAGCCUACCAUUUCUCCACCCUGGUGCUAACAAAUGGCCAGCAGCACACUUUGCAGAUUGAGCCCAGAGACGAGUACGCGAACCCCACCAGUAACUCCACAUCUCUCACAGACGAAGCCAACUACAGUGUCCAUGUGCACUCUCUGGGCACGGUGGACGAUGACGGUGUGGAGGAGUACUACAGUAAGUCGGUGAAGCUCAACAAGCAGCAGUGCCAGGUUCUGCUGAGACUGACUCUGAGGAAGACUGGCUGUUUCAGAGCCUGCAUCUCCUACAAGGACCAGCCGCUCAGCAACGGGGAAUUUGACAUUAUUGUUCUCAGUGAGAAUGAGAAGACCUGUGUGGAGAAGAAUGUGUCCACUCCAGGCAUAAGUAUCUACUUCGAGGCGUACCUUUACAGCAAUGGGAACUACAGUUCUUCAUGGCAGUUGCCAGCCUCCUCUUUACUGGCCCCCCAGAGGAGGCCCUCCAUGGGAGAAGAGGAGGACGAGCACGACUCUCCUGUGGAGGGACAACUUGAGAAGGUCAAGAAACCAAAAAAGGUCUACUGUUACAUAUCGCCAAAGCAACUAUCCGUGAAGGAGUUCUACCUGAAAAUUAUCCCAUGGCGCCUUUUCACCUUUCGAGUGUGUCCGGGAACGAAGUUCACCUAUCACGGUCCUGACCCGGUUCACAAGUACCUAACUCUAGUGGUGGACGAUGGGAUACAGCCUCCUGUGGAGCUCAGCUGCAAAGACAGGAACAUCAUGGCUGCCACCUUCAUUCGCUUCCUGCACAAGAACAUCGGUGGCUCUGAGACGUUCCAAGACAAGGUGAACUUCUUUCAACGUGAACUCAGGCACAUCCACUCCAAGAGACCUCGCACCAAGACCUGCCUAAAAAUCACCCGACACUCAAUCCUGGACUCGUCCCUAAAGGCUACGAAGAACUUCUCUGUGUCAGACUGGAGUAAGAACUUUGAGGUUGUGUUUCAGGAUGAGGAAGCUCUGGACUGGGGAGGCCCUCGCAGGGAGUGGUUUGAGCUGGUCUGUAAGACCCUCUUUGACACCUCCAACCAACUGUUCACCCGCUUCAGCGACAGCAACCAGGGCCUGGUGCACCCAAACGCUGAGCGGCCAACCCACCUGCGUCUGAAGAUGUACGAGUUUGCGGGUCGCGUCGUAGGGAAGUGCCUGUAUGAGUCGGCUCUGGGCGGGGCCUACAAACAGCUGGUCCGAGCUCGCUUCACGCGUUCCUUCUUGGCCCAGAUCAUUGGCCUCAGGAUGAACUACAAGUACUUUGAGACGGAUGACCAGGAGUUCUACAAAACUAAAGUCUGCUUCAUCCUAAACAAUGACGUGAGUGAAAUGGAUUUGGUGUUCGCCGAGGAGAAGUACAGCAAUUCGGGACAGCUGGAGAAGGUGGUGGAGCUAAUAUCAGGGGGAUCUCAGAUCGCUGUUAACAAUGAAAACAAGAUGCAUUAUCUCAACCUGCUGGCCCAGUACAGACUAGCCAGCCAGGUGAGAGAGGAGGUGGAACACUUCCUGAAAGGUUUAAACGAAGUGGUUCCAGAAAACCUGCUAGCCAUAUUUGAUGAGAAUGAGUUGGAGCUGUUGAUGUGUGGCACCGGUGAUAUAAACGUGCAGGACUUCAAGGCCCAUGCCGUGAUCGUCGGAGGAUCGUGGCACUUCAGAGAGAAAGUGAUGAAGUGGUUCUGGGCCGUGGUGUCCAGCUUCACCCAGGAGGAGUUGGCGCGACUGCUACAGUUCACCACGGGCUCCUCUCAGCUGCCCCCCGGGGGAUUCAACACUCUCUGCCCCUCCUUCCAGAUCAUCGCUGCCCCCACACACAGCACCUUGCCUACCGCACACACGUGCUUUAACCAGCUGUGCAUCCCUACGUACGACUCUUAUGAGGAGCUGCACAAGCUGUUGAAGCUGGCCAUCAGCGAGGGCAGCGAGGGCUUCGGCAUGCUCUGACUCGUACAGGAGGAGAGCAGCACGGCCCACUCCAAUGCAGAGAACCACCCAGACUCCCCAUGGAUACUCUCUCAGGACGAGGGGGCAUUACAGGACGUCCCAGAAGGCUGUCCUGAAAACUGGAACUCUACAUAUGAACUCUAGUGCUACUGUAUGUAUAUAAAAUAUCUCGCUUUUGUAAAAAAAAAAAAAAAAAAGGAAACCAGGAACUUCUGGCAAAAUGGUAAAGUUUAGACUAGCUGUGUUUCUAAAUGCUAAAGUUUGCUUAGUUUUAUAUGUUUGAAAGACAAGUUAUGCUAGAGCAAAGGCCUUGAGUAUUACUUCAUAACUGCUUCUUUUGCAUUUUGCAAACUGAGGAACACUUAAGUGCGACAGCGGCCUACAUGUGAUGUGGUCGACCGCUACAGCACUUUGGCCUUAAUCGAUCAGGGACUGAUGUGUGUCUGUAAAUAUAUAAUAUCACUCUUUUAUUCCAAUACUUGUACAUACUAGUGUGUAUACAUAGGUUUUCAUCUUAUUACCUUUUUGCUUUGACGUUUAGGGAGAAGGGAUUUCUUUAUCGUUGCACGUUUGAUGGGUUUAUAUCAUUAUUUGUUUUUCUCUCUAAGAAGGAAUGGGUUUUAAAAGAAGCCGAGUCAUUUCUAUUGUUUAUACGUGUUUUAAACUUAUUGUUGAAACUAUGUUUGUCUGGAGUUGUAAAUGUUUUUGUUAUGUUUUUUUUUUUUUUUAAACUUGCCUUAUUCAUGCCCUUUGCAUCUGAUUGUAUCCAGAGACGUUGCAUAGCUGAGAGAAGCAUAGUCGGCAAUACUAAGUAAAAGCUUUAUUAUAGCAUUUCUACUAGUACAUGCAGGGGUCACUGUGGAUGUUGGGGAGAGCCCACAUGUAACAAACAUGUCGUUAUAUAUGCUGUAUCCUCAGCCUGCUAUGGGUUUCCCUCCGUGUCUCCUAUGCCACCUUUUCCUUCCUCCUUGAACCCAUAGUGGUAAAGCCUACACAGUCUGUGCAUAGCUGCCUCCUUCCAGUCCUGUAACCUUUAUCCGUAUUAUCCCACCUCUUCAGUAAACCCAAGCAUCAUAUCAGUGGACAUUAUGUCCCCGUUUGUUCUUCUUUGCUGUAAAACAAAUUCAUUUUAAUGUUGUUGGUAUUGUCAAUAUCCUGAGCCAACGGAGUUGUUUUCUCUCUUUUUGUUGCUGUUCAUAAUUGUGUAGCAAUUUCUUUUUGCUGUUCCAGAGUUUACAUGUUCAGUAGCCAUUUUGUACUAGUGUGUGUGUGCUGCCAGUCGUAGGGUUUGUAGAGCGUUUAGGUGAACGCAUUGUUUAGAUUCAGAAGCAAAAAAGAAAAAGUUAUGAUUCAUCGCAAUAGUAUUAUGAACAUUUGAAUAUGUCCACAUCCCCCACAGGGCACUCUGGGUCCGGUCUCGUCACAUUAUUCUCACAGUCGGCAGUAAACGCUCGACUUGGCCAGAAAGAGAUUUCACUUCGUUAUUGCUGAACGGCAAAGACGUCACAUGUUGACUGUAGUUGCAGCAGGUUGGGAUUUGUUUGCGUCGACGCGAUGUUUGAUGCUUUAGCAGCUGGCCUCUUAGAGUGUUGAGAGGUUUAUAAGAGGGUCUGUGGAUUUGUGUUUGUUUGGGUUGUGCAAUGUUGACCCGAUGUACUGACAACAGUGGGAAAAGUGCUGAUAGAAAUGUUUCAUGAAGGGUGCGUUUCCAGUACCAAUAUCAUAUUUACUAGAAGUAAACGUGGUUUAAGCAUUACACGCUCGCUGUUCCAUUAGAUACGUCCAUUAUAAACCAAUACGAAGGAGCUCUGUCCUGUAGUUUUAUGUUCUUGAUUAAUGUUUUGAUUUUCAUGAGCAUAUACUUCUCCAUUUUAUGUUUGGACUGUUUCUGGGUUAGAUGACCCGAGUGUGACCUUUAGCAAUGUAGAUAUUGUGAAAUAUUUGCCUCUGACUUUAAAGCCGAGAUACUCUUUUCCUUUCUUUUUUUUUUUUUUGUAAAUGACAAGCCUCUGCUGGCGAAAGUUUGAGAUUCUCUGCACUGCAGGUCCUUUGUUUAUGGGAAUAAAAAAAAAAACUGAUGGAGUAAA